UGACUGACAGACAAUGCAGACACCUGACAGAGCAAAUGACAUUGAUAAGUAUGACACUUGUUGCCUUGCUCGCCUUGCCAUGUUGCUUGAAUUUUCACUUUGAGUGAACUGAAUCCGUUUUUGCUCAAAUGAGGGUGACGUGAACAGAAACGAAAGCAAUGUCCUUCUUUCGAAAAUAUAACUGGACUAUGUGGCUAACAUUAACGCUGUAAAUUUAAUCAAGAUGUUUUCGCGGAACGUCUCGCGUGUUGUCAAAUACGGGUUGUAUGGUACUGUAGGAAUAGGUGGAACUGUUGCGGCAUUGAAAUUACAAGAAAAUGAAAUCGGUACCCAUGCAGUCGUUAGGAUCACAAGGACUGCGUUAACUGCUAUAGAAAUUGGCAGAACAUAUCAGGAAAUGCUUUACAGCAAAGAUUGGGAUAGAACAUCUGCCGAAUAUGAAGAAGCAAAGAAAGCAGCCCAUCAAAUAGGUGCAAAUAAAUUAUUGGAACUUUGCAGAGCUAAUAAAGGCGUGUAUAUCAAAAUUGGUCAACAUGUAGGUGCAAUGGAUUACUUAUUGCCCACUGAAUAUGUAUCUACCAUGAGGAUUUUACACAAAGAUGCACCAAGGAAUACUGUAGAGGAGUUGUAUAAAGUAAUAAGAGAAGAUUUGAAAGCAGAGCCUCAAGAAUUAUUUACUGAAUUUGAUCCUGAACCACUUGGAAUAGCUUCUCUUGCUCAGGUACAUAAAGCUAAGCUUCAAGAUGGUACAGUAGUAGCUGUCAAAGUUCAACAUCACUAUGUUAGGAAAAAUAUAAAAUUAGAUUUAACAUGGAUGGAGUUUGUCCUCAAGACAAUGUCCAUUGUAUUUCCUGAUUUCCAAAUGCAGUGGCUUAUUGAUGAAACGAAAAAGAACAUAGAAAAAGAAUUAAACUUCAUACAAGAAGGUGAAAAUGCUGAAAAAGUUGCAGUUUUGUUUCAAAAUUACAAAUGGUUGAAAGUGCCCAAAAUAUUUUGGGAUUAUAGUACUCAGAGGGUUUUGGUUAUGGAAUAUAUUACUGGUGGGCAGGUGAAUGAUAUAAAAUAUGUUGAAGAACACAAAAUAAAUAAAUUGGAUUUAUGUAAAAAGCUGGGUGAUUUGUAUGCUCAUAUGAUUUUUGUCACUGGAUUUGUACAUAGUGACCCACAUCCUGGUAAUAUUCUUAUACGGAAAGAACCGGAUGAUAAAGAAGUAACAGUAUUCUUGUUGGACCACGGUUUGUAUGCUCAACUCAGUGAUACAUUUAGAUAUCACUACUCCAAAUUAUGGCUGUCAAUCAUUAAAAAGGAUCGCACUGACAUGAAAUAUUUUGCAUCAAAGCUGGGAAUACGUGAAGAGCUAUAUGUGAUUUUCGCCUGUAUGGUAACAGGCAGGCCAUGGGAAUCUAUUUUGAAAGGCAUAGGUGAUACACGGCCAAGUUCUCAUGAGAAAACUGUAUUUCAAAAUGAGCUCCCAAAUUUCAUCCACUAUGUGACGCAGUGCCUGGAAAAUGUCGACAGACAAGCGUUACUUGUGCUACGUACAAAUGACUUAAUUCGCAGUAUUGAGUAUGCGCUGGGUGUGCAGGAGAAAAUGUGUGGUUUCACUGUUAUGACCAAAUGUUGUAUGAUGAGUGUUUAUGACUAUGAAUAUAAGAAUUCUGAUUCGGUGAUUAUCAAACAGUUUCUGACGAUAAAAUAUGGUUUUACAUUGUUGCUAUUCUAUUUGUAUACAUUAUACAAGAGCCUCAUGGAGACAUGUUGCAAUGUAUUAUAACAAUAGUUACAGACUUCAAUUUAGUGUAAAUAAUGUAAUAACGCCAUAAAUAUUUCUACAUUUAUGGAGAAAUAAGGUAUGAAUGGUGAUGGUGAUCUUUAUAUGAAAUCUGAUUAGGUAUGAUGACAAUCUAUUUAUUUUUAAAAAGUAAGAAUAUUUUAUGAAUAAUGGCUGUUUUUUUUUGAAAAGAAGCACUAUUAUACAUAGUUUAAAAUUUAAUGCUUAGUUUUGGGUGCUAAAUAAAACUCAAUUUUAUAGCAUUUUUAAACAAUACUUACCAUCAAAUUUAAAAAUCUUCGCGCACUGUUGUAUUAUCUCUGAACAAAGUAAAAUUAUGCUGUGAAAUGUUGACUUCUGGCAUGCUAAACUUAAUUUUAAAAAUAUUUAUAAAAUCAAGCUUUUAUUUAAGCUAAUGUUUAAUAUUGUCCUAAGAAAAAAAUGUAGCUCACUUGAACGAUUGCGGUCAUUGUAAUUGCGGCGCACACGUUUGAUACAUAUUUUUAGAAGAAUAUGUAAUC